CAGGACCUCACUUAGCACCUCAUUCACCAGCGACAACGGCAGACCCAUCUGAGACAACUAUUUUAGGGUAACUUCCAACCAAAGGUAAAAUGCAGAGACUCUGGUCACCUCUUCUGGUCCUCCUACUAUACUGCUGCCUCUCAGGAAGCCAAGCCAACCGAGUCUACGUUCACCCCUUCUAUCUUUUUGCUGCCGAGAAUGUCAGCUGUGAGUCCCUGCAGGCCCCCACGGUUAAGCCUCUGGAGACACUUCCUGUGGCUCCCCUUGACAAUGAAGUCUUGACACCAGACCACAGGGAUCCAUCAAAAGUCAAUGUACAGAGGCAAAACAUCACAGAGAGGACAGCGGUUUUGGCAGCGCUAUUAAAUGCUCUAGGCUUGAGGAUGUACCAGGCUCUCAGCAGCAAGCAGCAUAGCACUAACACACUCUUAUCUCCAGUCAACACCUUUGGAUCCCUGGUCACCUUCUACCUGGGAGCCUCCAAGAAGACAGCCGGUUCAUUCCAGCUUCUACUAGGCCUGAGUAGGGAUACUGAUGGAAAGGACUGCGUGUCCUUAAUGGAUGGACACAAAGUUCUUAAGACCCUGCAGGGCAUUAAUUCUCUAGUGGACGAUGGACCCAGAGAUGAAAUCACUACCCAGGUUUGGGCCUUCACUCGUCAGGAUGCUCAGCUGUCCGAGGACUUUAUUCAAGGCACACAGGACUUGUCAGACACGUCGUUUAUCCGAGGUGUGGACUUCUCCAAACCUCAGGAAGCAGAGCAGCUGGUCAACAGCUUUGUGGAGAUGACGUCAGAUAGGAAGGUGAAGGACAUCUUCAAAGAUCUGAAUGCCACCAGUAACCUUCUGUUCAUCACCUCCUUCAACUUCCAAGGAAACUGGAAGAAAGCUUUCCAACCAGAGGAAACGACCUUGAAGGAGUUUCAUGUGGAUCAAACAACUACAGUAAUGGCUCCACUGAUGACCCACACGGGUCAGUAUCACUACUUCAACGAUAAGGUGCGGCAAUGCACCAUUGUGAAGCUGUCUCUGAGCAAACGCUCCUACAUGUUGUUGGUCUUGCCUCAUGAGGGGGUUAAACUCGGUGAUGUGGAGUCAAAGCUGCGCACAGACUUAAUUUCUGACUGGCACCAAAACCUUCAGGAAGGUCUCCUGGAGCUGUCACUCCCGAAGUUCUCCAUGUCCUCUGUGACUGAUUUGCGUGACCUGCUGACUACCGUGGAUCCUGAAAUCGAGGCCAAACUGUUCGGCUCCGAGGCCGAUUUCGGCCAACUCAGCAACACCAAACCCUUCACCAUAGAUAAGGCCAUCAACAAAGUGCUGUUUGAGAUGUCAGAGGAAGGAGCAGAACCUCAGGACCAGACACAGGAAGAGGGCGUCCCUCUGAAGCUGUCCAUUAACAGGCCUUUCUUUUUUUCUGUUGUAGAAGGAAAUUCUAACUCCAUCCUUAUGCUGGGCAAGAUCAUAAAUCCUCUGGUCUAAUGAUAUAUAGUGCUUUAAGUGAACAAACCCCCCUGACAUGAAAAAUUUCCCACAUACCAGGACUAUUUCUUUACAACGUACUUUAUCAUCUACAGCUUUCAUUUCUGCAGGAAAUCUUUCAUGCUGCAGACAUUGUGCUUAAAAUCAUAGAUUUGUUUUCCUUCUGAAAUAAUUCUCACAUACAGUGCAUGAGGAAUUAAGUGUACCCACACGGAAUAAGGAUCUAACAGUGUUACU